GUUUUUCUAACCGUCAAAUCCUCCCUCACGUUUCACUCUCUUUUCUUCUCCCUCUCUUUUCCGUUACCUUCCCCCCAAGAUUCCCAACCAUGGGCGUCGAUUAUUACAAUAUUCUCAAAGUGAACCGCCACGCCUCCGACGACGAUCUCAAGAAGGCUUACAAGAGGCUUGCCAUGAUUUGGCACCCCGACAAGAACCCUUCCUACAAACGACCCGAAGCCGAAGCCAAAUUCAAGCUUAUUUCCGAAGCCUACGAUGUUUUGUCCGACCCGCAAAAACGUCAGAUCUAUGAUCUUUACGGCGAGGAGGCUCUUAAAUCCGGACAAUUCCCGCCUUCUUCUUCUUCCGCCAGCCAUUCUUUCUCUUCCACGGCACCGUCCCCGUCGGCGUCUAAUCCGCGCGGAGGGGGGCAUUACUACAAUAGUAAUAAUAAUAAUAAUCAGAGACAGCAGCAGCCCAAUACGGGGUCGUUUCGCUUUAAUCCGAGGGAUGCUGAGGACAUUUAUGAGGAGCUGUUUGGGGCGGAAGCCAACGGUGGAGGAGUUGGUGGGAGGGGAAAUAGAGGGUUUAGAGAAGGGUAUUUUAGGAAUAAUAAUGGUUAUGGGAGUAGUAGCAGCAGUAGUAGCAAUGUAGAAAUGAGGAAAGCCGCUGCGGUGGAAAAUGUGUUGCCUUGUAGCUUGGAAGAGCUUUAUAAAGGUUCCAAGAGAAAAAUGAGGCUUUCCAGGAAGGUUUUUGACCCUUCAGGUAAGUUGGGGUCUUUGGAGGAGAUAUUGACUAUUGAAAUAAAACCUGGUUGGAAGAGGGGCACAAAGAUCACAUUCCCUGAGAAGGGUAAUGAGGAGCCUGGUAUAAUUCCUGCAGAUGUUAUUUUUGUGAUAGAGGAGAAGCCACAUGCUCUUUAUAAGAGAGAUGGUAAUGAUCUUGUUGUCAAUCAGGAGAUUACACUACUGGAGGCCCUCACUGGUAAGACGCUUGACCUGAUUACCCUGGAUGGGAGGAACCUUAUGAUCCCACUGACUGAUAUCACCAAGCCUGGUGCUGACGUUGUUGUUCCAAACGAAGGAAUGCCUAUCUCAAAAGAACCUGGGAGGAAGGGUAAUUUGAGGAUCAAAUUAGAUGUCAAGUACCCGUCAAGGCUAACUGCAGAACAGAAAGCUGAGCUAAGGAGAGUUUUAGGCGGUGUUGACUAAUAGUUUUUAACAGGAGUAGGUCUUGAACUUGUAGUUGCAUGUAAAUAGUGUGUAUACAUUUGUAGAAUGUGAAGGCUUGGAAGUUUUUGGGUUUUGCCGUUUUGGUUUGGAGGGGUUGGGUAUUGGCUUAGCUAUUGCAAUCAACUAUAUUCAGAAAUCUAAUGGGAAUAGGUUUUAUUGUAACUGGAAGGAGUAGGGUUUUCCCCCUAGUUUUUGGGCUAAACAGGUAAUUGGACCUGAGCUUGGAUUUUUUUUUUUUCAUUUUUUCUGUGUGAGUUUUCACUCACGAACUAGAUGCCAUAUAUAGAAAUGUCAAGUGUCUUUGGAUUUUGAGCUGUGGCGAAGCAAUUUUGCUUUUGCUUCAAAAAACAAUAAAGUGGGAUGUAUUCAUUUAUUGCAAAUUGAACCUAAAAAUGCUUUUUCUGUA